UCCUCCGGGCGCCGCCGCCGCGCCGCCGCUGCUGGCUUCUCUCUCCCCUCUUUCAUUCCGCCCUCUCCGUCUCUCUCCCGCCCCGCGCCGCGCGCCGCGCAGGAUGUGCUUCUAGGUGGUGAUCGGCCCUCCUCUCUCUCUUUUAUCCUCUCUCCCCCGCCGCCCGGCGAGUUGACUCUUUCCCUAUGUGUGUGAGGCGGCGGCGGCAGCAGCGGCUCCAGCAGCGGCGGCUCCGGCGGCGGCAGCAGCGGCUCCAGCAGCAGCGGCUCCAGCAGCAGCGGCGGCGGCGGCGCUAGACGCGGCGGCUCCGGGCCCGACCCCGCGGCGACUCCGGCGGCGGCCCGGGCGGCCCGCGGGGACCGGCGAUCGGCGAUCGGCGAUCGGCCUCCAUCCGGAGCAGCCGGGCGGCCCAGCGCCGGGACGACGCCGCGCAGCGCCGGACGCGGACCACUUUGAUGCUGAUUCCCGCGGACCCGGGCAGCGCUCCGGCCACUCCGCGGGCCGCCGGCCUCCGCCCCGGCCUGCCCGGCUCCCCGGGCGCGCCCGCCGCCGGCGCCUCGGCUCCCGCGCUCCUCCCGCUCCCCAUGGCUUUCCUGAAUGGCUGACUGUGGGCUGCCCUGGACUUGGCCCCUCUCCUCCUCCUCCUCCUCUUCCUCCUCCGCGACCUCCGCCUCCAACUCCUAGGCGCACCGGCUCCGAGCGAGAGAGGGAGGAGAGAGCGAGAGCGAGCGAGCGAGCGAGAUCUUUGGGGAGAUUUUUUUUUCCUUUUUCUGCCUCCUACUUCGUGAAGCCAGACAAUCGACUUGCAAGCAGCAGCUCUCCCUCCCCUCCCUCUCUCCGCGCUCCGCUCCCGCUCGCUCUCCCCGGCCCUUGCCCGCCCCUCCUGGAGGAGAGCCCCCCGCAAACCGACCGACCGACCGACCGACCGGCCGAGCCGCCCGCCGAGCCAGCGAGGGACGCGAACAAAACAAACACACCGCCGGGGCCGGACGAGGAGCCAGCGCCAAAACUUUGCAAAAGCAGAAACAAAACAAACAAACAAACAAAAAAAAAAAGGAGGAAAAAAAAAAGGCAACUAACAGACCUCCACUGGCCGAUCCCCCUCCUCCUCCUCCUCCUCCUACUCCCCCAGCACAAAAGGCGGAGCACCCCGCGCCCCCGGGAGCCGCCCCCCGCCCGCAGCCAGGGGCGCAGGAAGCGCGGACGCGGCCCCCCCAGAUAUGGCAAUGGUAGUCAGCACGUGGCGCGACCCCCAGGACGAGGUGCCCGGCUCGCAGGGCAGCCAGGCCUCGCAGGCGCCCCCGGUGCCCGGCGGCCCGCCGCCCGGCGCCCCGCACACGCCGCAGACGCCCGGCCAGGGGGGCCCGGCCAGCACCCCGGCGCAGACGGCGGGCGGCGGCCAGGGGGGCCCCGGCGGCGGCGGCGACAAGCAGCAGCAGCAGCAGCAGCAGCACAUCGAGUGCGUGGUGUGCGGGGACAAGUCGAGCGGCAAGCACUACGGCCAGUUCACGUGCGAGGGCUGCAAGAGUUUCUUCAAGCGCAGCGUGCGGAGGAACCUGAGCUACACGUGCCGCGCCAACCGGAACUGUCCCAUCGACCAGCACCACCGCAACCAGUGCCAGUACUGCCGCCUCAAAAAGUGCCUCAAAGUGGGCAUGAGACGGGAAGCGGUGCAGAGGGGCCGGAUGCCGCCCACCCAGCCGACCCACGGGCAGUUCGCGCUGACCAACGGGGACCCCCUCAACUGCCAUUCGUACCUGUCCGGAUAUAUCUCGCUGCUGCUGCGCGCCGAGCCCUACCCCACGUCGCGCUUCGGCAGCCAGUGCAUGCAGCCCAACAACAUCAUGGGCAUCGAGAACAUUUGCGAACUGGCCGCGCGGAUGCUCUUCAGCGCCGUGGAGUGGGCGCGGAACAUCCCCUUCUUCCCUGACCUGCAGAUCACCGACCAGGUGGCCCUGCUGCGCCUCACCUGGAGCGAGCUGUUCGUGCUGAACGCGGCGCAGUGCUCCAUGCCGCUGCACGUCGCCCCGCUGCUGGCCGCCGCCGGCCUGCACGCCUCGCCCAUGUCCGCCGACCGGGUGGUCGCCUUUAUGGACCACAUACGCAUCUUCCAGGAGCAAGUGGAGAAGCUCAAGGCCCUGCACGUGGACUCCGCCGAGUACAGCUGCCUCAAGGCCAUCGUCUUGUUCACCUCAGAUGCCUGCGGCCUGUCGGACGUGGCCCACGUGGAGAGCCUGCAGGAGAAGUCCCAGUGUGCUCUCGAGGAAUAUGUCCGCAGCCAGUACCCCAACCAGCCCACACGCUUCGGCAAGCUCCUCCUGCGCCUCCCCUCCCUCCGCACCGUCUCGUCCUCAGUCAUAGAGCAAUUGUUUUUCGUCCGUUUGGUAGGUAAAACGCCCAUCGAAACGCUCAUCCGGGAUAUGUUACUGUCCGGCAGCAGUUUUAACUGGCCCUAUAUGGCGAUCCAAUAAGAAAGAGAAAACAAAAAAAAAAUCAAAUCAAAUCAAAAUGAGAAGGGGGAGUGAAUCAGAGAAAGCCAAGACUGGUGUGUUUGCUUAAUUCCUUCUGUUGAGAAAGGAUAUAAAAAAGGAUGUUACACGUUUGCUAAAAAAUAAAGAAGAGAGGGGAAGAACUUUAAUGGACUGUGAAUUUCCAAAAAAACAAAAAAAAUUAAGAGACUGUCAAGUGAACUUUUACAGAAUGCAUUAAAAAAAAAAAAAACUCCUGUGUCAGAACAGCUCGCUACUUACCUUUUUUUUUUUUGUAUAAAAAGGAAAUUAGCCUUUUUCUUUUUUUUUUUGGUAAAUUUUGGAAAACUGUUGCUAAAAGUGCAUUUGAGGAGAUUGGGAGAAAAAUUAGCAGAAUGGAGAAAGUAAGUGUGGUUUUUUUUCUUUCCAAAUUUAUUCAUUGUCCUGUGUCUGUACCUCUAGCUGUUUUUUUGUUUUUUGUUUUUUGUUUUUGUUUUGUAUUUUCCUGGUUCUAAACCAGCUUAUUCUGUGGUUCUAUGAUAAGUUUUGAUAUAAUCUUGGCUUCUUAAAAAAAAAAAACCUGUGUAUCCUUACACUAUAUGUUCUGCAAGAAUUAAAACUGAGUCCAUGAGAAUAACAUAGGAAGGAAGACAUAAAACUUUCUAAAAGGAAAUCGAGAGAUGGUGGGAACGCACUUAGAGAUGGUGGCCAAAAAUUUUUAAGUGAACUCGAGCUAAUUUGAGAUCUGCAGGAACCACAUCCAACAUCUAACUCCCCCUCCCUGCCCCCCCCAAAAGAGACACCAAGACGAACCUAGCUUUUUAAAAAAAUAUUUUAAGAAAGAGAAUGAACUGUGGAAUUUAUUGGCAGCCCAGGAGUGUGUCUGAGACACACACACGCGCUGAGGUUUUGAAUAAAAAAAAGUGAACUUUUUUGUAAUUUGAAUUGGGGUCCAGCUUAGUUCUUGGAUUGUUAUGAAUACCCUCUAUUUGUUUGUAUAUUUGCAAACCCUUUGUAUUAUAACUGUUGAUAUUCCCUUUUUAAAGAAACAAAACAAAAAAAGUUACCCAUUGAAAUCAGCAUGACAAAAUAACACUGUUGGCACUUAUAGAUAAUGUGAUUGAUUCAGUAUCUUAGAGUUUACAGUUUGUGUUUUAAAAAAAAAACUGAAGGUUUUUUUUUUUUUAAAGUGCAACAUUUCUGUAUACUGUAAAAGUUAUAAUAACUGAACUGUUUGGUCGAGUCUUUGUGUGUUAUAUUCCAAGGAAAAAUUUGAAAGUAUUCAGAAAUUAAAAUAUUAUUUGAUAUCUG